AUGAUUGCCUUGCAUGCCCCCAAGGGAGGAUUUCAACACAGAUGGGUACAUGAAGGGAUUCCCAGGGAUUUGGAAGAGUACCCCAGACCUUACAAUUCAGAAUUUGUGAAUUUUGUGCUGAGAUUUCCUUGCUUCUUGCCUUCAGAUGCAGAGCAGUGUAAGAUGUGUCCCGAAGAUGAGUAUCCUAACAAGGAGCAGGACCAGUGUAUUCCCAAAGGAAUCAGCUACCUCUCAUAUGAGGAGCCCUUGGGAAUGGUUCUGUCAGCCUCAGCAUUUGUCUUUAUUGUUGCCACAGUGAUUCUGCUCAUGAGCUUCAGACUGAACUGGGACACCCCCAUCGUCAAGGCCAACAACAGAAGCAUCACAUGCACCUUGCUCUCCUCUCUUCUGCUCUGCUUCCUCUGUGCCUUCUUGUUCAUUGGGAGGCCUGUGAGGGUCACCUGCCUUCUGAGGCAAAUCAUCUUUGGCCUUGUCUUCUCCAUUGCUGUGUCCUGUGUAUUAGCAAAGACCAUCAUGGUGGUGAUGGCCUUCAUGGCCACAAAGCCUGGAAACAGCAUGAGGAAAUGGGUGGGGAAGAGACUGGCAGCUUCUGUCAUCAUUCUCUCUUCACUUAUUCAAGGUGGCAUCUGUGUUAUGUGGCUGGCAACUUCUGCCCCUUUCCCAGAGCUGGACAUGCACUCCCAAACAGAUGCAAUCAUUGUUCAAUGCAAUGAAGGCUCACCUCUCAUGUUCUACCUACUCCUGUCUUACAUGGGAGUUCUGUCCAGUAUCAGCUUCACGGUGGCUUUCUUUGCCAGGAAGUUGCCUGACAGCUUCAAUGAAGCCAAACUGAUCACCUUCAGUAUGUUGGUCUUCUGCAGUGUGUGGGUUUCCUUUGUGCCCACCUACCUGAGCACCAAGGGGAAGUACAUAGUGGCUGUGGAGGUCUUCUCCAUCCUGGCCUCCGGUGCUGGCUUGCUGGCCUGUAUCUUCCUCCCGAAGAUUUACAUCAUCAUGAUGAGGCCGGAGCUGAACACCCGAGAUCAAAUAGUGAAGAAGAAGAGGGUUUAG